GUUUAUUUACUUUUACUUCCGUGAAUCUUUGUUGCGACUCCGUGGUAACGUCGUCAUAUUUUCACCUUAAAAGAGCACGCAGGUUGUUGCCUUACGCGAAUCAAAAAUACGUAAACAAUGAGAUGCGUCGCGAGUUGGCGUAAGCUCAGGUUUUAUCUAACACCUAAUGCAGCCUGCAAACCACAUGAGAUUUCGCGACCUUUUUAAGUUUAUUUUGUAAUACUUUUACACUGUGAUAUUCCAUGGCUGGUCUGAGUGAAAAGGCCACAAUAAGGCUGGUCCGUGUGCUGUUCGUCGUCUCCUGUGUCGUCAAUAUUGUUUUAAUAGGGGUGAUUGUGGGAAUGGCCCUAACCAGGCGCCAGCACUGCGAUAACACCCACGGACCAUUUCCCCCUCCCGUGACUUAUUUAUAUUGCGUUAAGCGUGACCAAGCGAUGCUGUGCACAGUCGUAGAAAGCGCAAGCAUGUGAAAUGUCACCAGAAUGUAAGCCCAGCUUGAUGUAAGCUCAGCUGGUCGAUUGGUCUUGCGAGGAAACGGGAACGGGACCAUGUCCUAAAUUGCACUUCAACGGAACUCGUAGAGCAGCCAAGCCCACGAAUAGGAGCGCAACAGCUCGAGAAGGCGCAGAUCCGACGGCGAUCUACUGGGGCCGUUUCGAACCCACCGCGACCGCAAUCCAAGCCAUUCCCUACAAGAACUUCCGUAUCCGCAUCUUCCAAGCGGCGGCGGCGGUCAACCCGAACCCACUGAACAGCCGUAACGAUCUGUAUUACUUCACUCCCGCGGUGAUCUUAAAUGCCUCAUCCGCCGUGCAUUCCAACAACAAGUUCGCUGGCAAGUACCAGGUAGAGUUCUCCAUCACCAUGUGGGAUGGCGACUACCUGGAUUUCAUCAAGAAAACUUUGAGUGCGCGACUCAACGUACCGAAUCCCAAACUGCGGAUCAUCCCGAUCGAGGAAGUGCGCAUCGACCUGGUGGGGACCAGACUGGCCCCCAGAAUACGAGAUCGAUAACAACUGGCGACCCUAUUCCAUGGCGCCCACGUCGGUCAGCUUCCGGAUCUUCUGCGCAACGAAGAACCUAUGCCUGGAUCUGAGGGAUGACAUCCAGAACUCGCCCCGCCACUUCGCCGCCGAUCUCGUCAUGUACUUCAACCUGCAGUCGAAAAGCAGCAGCGCCCGGAGACUCACGGUAAACGUCGAGCAUGUCCGCAGCGGGAAGUUGUUCACGGAGAUGCGGACGCGGUUCACCGGCACCACGGAUGUGUACCUGAACGGUGACGACGCCAAGCAACUCACGUCAGAAAUCGCGACGAACCUUGCUGGCGGCGGAGAUCUCCGACGCCGAGUUUGUCGAUCAGCAGAAUUCCCGAAACUGAUGCAGCUGAUCGAGACCGCGCUGGAGAUGACGACGGAGUCGACGAAGAACUUCGAUGCGCGACAGUGGGGUUCCGUGUUCUGGAAGGACGAGAACGCCCGUCCGGAUAAGGUGACGUACCGACUGAAUGAUGCGUAUUCAAAGUUGAGUACGGAGUCCAAACUAUUGAUUAAGGAAGCGUAUGAAAAGAAGGACGGCACGAAUACCUGCUUUAACCUAAAAGGAAAGUAUGAAAGCGGAAAAGGCGACGGAGGGGAUGACGGAGGAGAAGAGGAAGAUGGCGGGGACGAAGCGCGCCAAAGAGCGUAUCAGAACGCCAGUAUCCAAACUGGGGAGAAUUUGGACGACUCGUUUCAUGCAGUGCGACAGGCGAGCAACAAUUAUGAAGAUUGUGGAUGUCCUGCGAUUGACUGUGUAGGAAAUAAUUGCGAAACUGUCCCCAAGGUGCCACCGACGCCGCUGCCGACCACAACCCGCCGCACUACGACACCCACAACCACGCCCACACCUUCAACACGGGCUCCACGACCGACACGCGCUACGACGACACCGGAGAGCUCCGACGACGAUGAGGGAAUUCCGACGCAACCGAAGACCACACAGACUACGCGGAAACCGGUGACGACCACAACGGAGAAGCCGGAGAAAGAGAAGGACCAGGAGCGGGAUAUUUCCGGAUCGCUCGAGGGUUGCAUCUCCAAGUCGACGGAUGUCAAGGAUAAAAGCGCCAGGAGGAAUUUAAUCGCGCGUUCCAAGAGAGCAAGAAUUACUCGAGUUCCGCGGGGAGAAGUUCGAAGUGAAGACUAUGAACUUGCGGCGGAUUAACCUGGCCUCCUUGGUCAGUAAAACCAGUUUCGAAACCAGCUCCAUACGACUCUCAACGGCCAAUGUCGUCAUGAAGAAUAACAUCAAUGUCGACGACAGUAGUUCUGUAAUGGCUGUGACGGACACGCUAGCGGAAUCUGUUGGCUCAAUCGAUAACGGCAAAAGUGAUUUAGGAAAGGAUAUGCGAGAAGUGUAUUACGUGCGGGCUAAUAUCACUAAAGUUGGGUUCCACUACUCACAUGCCGUGCAUUUAUGUAAGAGUUUAAGUGCGCGAUUGGCCACUGCGGAAGAUAUGCGGUGGGCGUUUAUUAACGGCGGGGAUUGGUGUAAAACCGGGCACGUUGACGCUGGAGACGGGACGGUUGUGUCGAUGCAUCCCAGUCGCAGUUGCUCCUCAGUUGGUGGUGGUGGUGGGGAAGCUCAGGAAGAAGCGUAUGCUCCGGAGAUGUGCAUUGCGGAUGCGGUGAAAGUGAAGGCGGCACUUAUUCAUGAGACUCUCCCAGUAACGCGGACAGACGAAAAAAGUGAGAUUGGGUUUCUUAAUGGAGUGAAUUGCUAUGGGAUAAAGCCGGCGCAGGGAGACGAGGUGUAUUAUUCUGGGGUGCGUGUGUUCAUUGCGGAGUUCCAGAGAAGAAAGCAAUAUGCUCAGCCACUACCAAGCGCGUAGAUUGCAUUCUCUGAUAGUCACUGCAAUGUUUGCAGCGGCAGAAAUGUACAACGAAAUGUACUGGCGGAAUGUACGACGGGGCUUAUUUUUGCCCCCAGAGCUCGCCCAGAGGUUUUGAUCGACUAUAUUCAUGGAUGCAAAUACCCGCUUUCGUUGAAAAUAACACUUGUAUGCCUAUUUUGUACAAUAUGUAGUAUAUUCCUGUUCUUAGAAUCAAGUGUUAGGACUUCGCAAUCUCCAGCAACGCAGCUCAAUAAAAAAAUCCAACUGG